AUGACUUUUACUGAAUAUAUGGACUCUUUCCAGGACAAGUAUGAGCUUAUCUGCCUGGCUGAUGAAGAUACAGAUGAUUUUUGUCUGGAUGUUGAAGACUCGUGGAAUAUCACGAACAUGAUUCUUCUGGAUGAAGCCACUUGGCCAACAUUUACCAACAAAUUUUACUAUGAUGUCUCUCAGUAUUAUGACUGGAGCUGGUAUCAAUUUGAGAAUGGUACCUGUGUAGAGCCCUUCGACGAUUACUUCCAAGAUACAACCGUUUCAAAUAGUCUAAACCAGCUGGCCGCGUAG